CACUGCUCCACCAGGGAAGCCCCAAAUGGAAAUAUUUUUAACCUCCAUUAUAUAAAUGAGCUUAAUUACUUUCUUCUGACUUGGGUAUGAGUAGCUCAAGCACUGUAUGACAAAGUUCUUUGACUCUUUGACUCUUUUUCUAUUAGGAUAAAAAGUGGACUAAGCAUUCAUUCUAUUUAUUUCUAAUGUCUUCUCUUCUGAGGUCAUAUUUGAUCUUAAAUAUUCCAGCAAGUAGAUUUUAGUAUAGAGGUGUUAGUUCCAAUGCUUUGUUUGUACAGUUAAAUACAUCAGAUUCAGCAAUUUAGUGUGGGUGUGGCAGUGAUUGGAGAGAUUACAAAAUAAUUUCUAUUAAUCAAAAUAUAUUUUAAAGAGUAAAAAUAGUAGCUGUAUCAUUUGAGUUCAUGAAGACUUAGACGAUUUUUAAUAAUUAAUAGGUUUUUUCUGCCAAUGAGCAUUAGAUUACUGCUGACUUUUUAGUGUCAUAGUACCUUGUGGUAGUUUCUCUACAGGGUUUAAAGGUGUAUCUCAGGGUUUUUUUUUUUUUCUGUCCUGCUCAUAGGAAAUAAUCUUUACACAUGCUAUAAGGAAAAUACCUCUAGAAAUUCAUACAUGUCAUUAAUAUGUUAUAAGGAUCGGUCAGUUCCACUGUGUUCUUUUGUCAAUCUUGAUCGGAGCUUGCCGAGUAAGUCUAUAAGCCUGCAUGUGCCUGGCAACUGUUACCUAGUGACAGUUUCAGCUGCAGUAGCCAUUGGCUGUGCUGUUGAUUGGGGCAGGAGGACCGAGUCACCUUUCUGAUGGUGAGUUCUUCUGCAUCAGCUCAGGAUGAGGAGGAGGAGCAGGGCUUCGGUUCAGGUGGAGGCAGUGAUACUGAGAGACUGUGAGGAAUACACCGACAGCAUCUCGGUAACUGCAUCACAGUAAAUCGGACUUCUGAAUCAAGCAGCCCAGCCUAGCAGCUGAUAAGAGUGAAUGUAGGUGAGAAGCAUUGUUUUAUUCCUGUAACAAGAACUAUUUUGUGAUAAGUGAAACUAGGAAUGUGCAAGGAGGAAUAUCCUGUGGCUAUUAUUAUAAAAGAAGAAGGACUUCCCUGAAUGCCUUGGUGGUGCACAAGAAAAUAACUUUAAGAAGAAUGCUUUCUGUUAAGCUCCUGCAUUGUUCCUGAAGGAAAUGUUUCUAUUUCUAACGCAUGUUCUUUCUACAAAAGGUAUGACAGCAAAGACUGACAAGAGACUCUCUGAAAUGCCUGUACUUUAAAAAAGACUUUUGACAAAUGUUAACCUCAUAUCAGAAUGACCUUGGAAGCAUUUUGGAUGGAUUCUAUCCUGCCAGUCUUUCAGUAUUUCAAACUCUAGGAUUUAAACUCAUCUUGAUGCUUUAGAAGUAUUUUAAAACAAGAACAUCUUAUAACCUAUCUAAUGGCCCCUGUAUUAAUUGAGCACUUGCUCAAAAUAGAACACAGAACUAGAAGAGGCAUUUUCUUAACAUAUGGCUGCUAUAUAACUGCAAAUAUAACAAACAAGGUAAUUUUCCACUUUGAAAAGGUUUAGUUGAAGUAAUGAUUUAAUGUGUUAAUCAUUUAAUGAAAACAGAAAAGAUAUAGCAAUAUAGAUUAGAAAGCCUACUAGAAAUACCUAAGUAAUAAAUAAUGGCAGCAUUUCUAGUCAGAAGCUCAGAGCAUAUAGGAAAGUUACUGUUGUCUAAAUUUCAUAUAUAUUUACACAUAUUUGUGAGAUAUAGGUGUGGUUGCAAAGGUGAGAAAUAACUUUGAGCUGUAUAUUUUAUUAUCAUGCUCCGUUAUAAGGAAGGUGGUGUAUCAGAUAAUGAAGGUUGUUUUCAGUUAUUGAUGCUGAAACUAAUAGCAAAAAUGAUUUUAUUUUCCUUUUGAAAAGGAAGGAGUAUAAAUUACGAUGCUGGUGGUAGCACCAGAAACUGUAAUGGACUAAAACUCUUUUCAUCUGAAUGCUUAAAAAAUGCAUGCAGAAUUAAAACUUCAGAAGUUUUUCAUAUUUUGUCAGUAUUGACCCAUUGUGUAUUAUCUUCUCUACUGGAAGUAUGCUUUUUUUCUCUUAUGAGAGUUACAGGGCAAUCUGGAGUCCAUUACUGCUGUUCUGCUCCUUUGUGCCCUAGUAGAGAUGAGUCUUUUAGAAUUAAUCUUGUUGGAGAAGGGGGUUCUUAGCUUUUGAGAGAAAAGAGAGAGAAAUGGAUCAUAAAGUUGACCCACCAGCAUCAAACCCUGAACUGAGCCAAAGACACACUUUGCCACAAUGAACUUUUUCUUAGCUUUCCAACCAAAUCUGAGAUCUUAAUUAUUUAAAUUCUACAAUAUGAAUCCAUUUCUCCUGACAGAUGAAACAGGAAGCCUGAGCCUAUUUAAGGUUUUUUUCUCACUCUUUCGAGUUGAUCCCUAAGAAACUACCUUUCUGAGGAGAACAAACGGCCCACAAGAGCUUUUCUUCCUUUGGCAAUUGCUUUUUUUUCUUUUACAGAUUUAAUUUUUCAUAGUGCAAGGUAUUAUUGAAAAGUCCGUUUUCUCUAGGAGUGCCUUGUGUCUGCAAAAAGUUGUUUGAAAGCACCGGAGGAAGCUAAUCGGUGACCUUUUUUUCACCUCCUUUCUAGCUUAUCCCCCUUCCUCCCCCCUCCCAAAGCUGAGGUGUGUUACUGCUGCACUGAGGCUGAUGAAGAGACUUGAGUACUCCCUGGGAUGCUCAGCUGUGACAGAAGCGCUGCCACUGUCUACUGAAGCUGAUUCUGAGACACUCAUGGGCAGAGUUUAGCAGAUGCUAGGCAGGGCACCUGCUUGCUGUAGCCAGAGCUGCAGGUUCUUUUAAUUCCGAGCCAUGAAUGAAUCCAGGUGGACUGAAUGGAGGAUCCUGAACAUGAGCAGUGGCAUUUUGAAUGUGUCCGAACGUCACUCUUGCCCACUUGGAUUUGGCCACUACAGUGCGGUGGACGUCUGCAUCUUCGAGACAGUUGUUAUUGUCUUGCUGACAUUUCUAAUCAUUGCUGGGAAUUUAACGGUCAUCUUUGUCUUUCACUGUGCUCCACUCUUACACCAUUAUACGACCAGCUAUUUCAUUCAGACAAUGGCAUAUGCUGAUCUUUUCGUUGGAGUUACCUGCUUGGUUCCUACUCUCUCACUUCUCCACUACUCCACAGGUAUCCAUGAGUCACUGACUUGCCAGGUUUUUGGAUAUAUCAUCUCAGUUCUAAAAAGUGUUUCUAUGGCAUGUCUUGCUUGCAUAAGUGUGGAUCGCUAUCUUGCAAUUACCAAGCCUCUUUCCUACAAUCAACUGGUCACCCCUUGUCGCCUGAGAAUUUGCAUUGUUUUAAUCUGGAUCUACUCUUGCCUAAUUUUCUUGCCUUCCUUUUUUGGCUGGGGGAAACCCGGUUACCACGGUGACAUUUUUGAAUGGUGUGCCACCUCUUGGCUCACCAGUGUCUAUUUUACUGGCUUUAUUGUUUGUUUACUUUAUGCUCCUGCUGCCUUUGUUGUCUGCUUCACUUACUUCCACAUUUUCACAAUUUGCCGGCAGCACACCAAAGAGAUAAAUGACCGGAGGGCCCGAUUCCCUAGCCACGAAGUCGCUGCCUCUGGAGAGACUGGGCAUAGCCCUGACCGUCGCUACGCCAUGGUUUUGUUUCGGAUAACCAGUGUGUUUUACAUGCUCUGGCUCCCGUAUAUCAUAUACUUUCUUCUAGAAAGCUCCCGGGUCUUGGACAAUCCAACACUGUCCUUCCUAACAACCUGGCUUGCUAUAAGUAAUAGUUUUUGUAACUGUGUAAUAUACAGCCUCUCCAACAGUGUUUUCCGGCUAGGCCUCCGAAGACUGUCUGAGACAAUGUGCACGUCUUGUAUGUGUGUGAAGGAUCAGGAAGCACGAGACCCCCAACCUAGGAAACGGGCUAAUUCCUGCUCCAUUUGAAGAAAACCACACAGUAAAUCAAAUGUAGUCUGACAGUAGUUCGGGAUUGUAUUCUUGCUUCAUCUGGAAAUUUGCCACUAGAGAAAUAUUUACUAGAAUAGUUGACUAUGAGAGGAAGGGACUAAAGGUUUUUUUUCAUGGAAAAAAAAAAACCCUGAAGAAAAGGAUGUGUAGAGGGUAAUCUCGUGAGAUAAUUGUAGUGUGUGAGUAUGAAUGUGCAGUAAUAGGCAAAAUCAAGCACUGAGGAUGGAAAAGUACCUCAGAUCUUCCACAGGGCAUGAGCAAAGCCCCUGGCGUCUGUCUCUCUCUCUGACUGGACUCUCUCCUCUGUCUCUGUCUCUCUCACUCUCUUUGUGUUUGUGGAAAUUACUUACAUAAAUUGCCCUUUACAGAAAAAUGCUACAUAUUAUAUAUGUGGUAAAGUAUAAUUUUUUGCAUCAAAGUGUACUUGUUUAAACUCACUUAUCUACAAUCCCUAAACGGUCUCUCCAUGGAGGAUGCAUAGUAAGCAUUGUAUUUUAUUACCUGCCACACAACCAUUUUGCUUGUGUUUUUAUAAUAUCCGUAGCACAAAAUUUCUGCUAUGAACAAAAAGAAACAGUAUUUUUGUUUCUUCUGGGUAAAAUUAUGCUCCCUCCUCCUUCCUAACAGCUUUUUUUUUUUUCCUCUCCAUUUUUCUUGAUCUGCAUCCUUUGGCACCUUAAUCCAGAAGUGUCUUAGCUAAUGAAAGAAUCUACUAUAUAAAAGUCAUAAUGUUGAAUGAUUUAUUCCUUCCAAAAAAGCAUUCUAUAGGUUGUAUGAGAUACUGUGUUAAGUAUUUUUAAUGGCUUUGGGAAACAUUUUUAUUUGUUUUCUUUUGAAUUAGUUCAUGUGCCCAAAGUGGUGUCUUUUUGUUUUUUGCAGGGGCUAUAGUUAAGCUUUGUUUUUCUUUAAGAUAAUUCACAGAUAAUUCUAAUGCAGAUGCAGAGUACUCACUCAAAAGUGAGGUAUUGCUCUUAAAGCUACUUGUGUCCUUUUUUUUCCUAAAGAGUAAAAUAUUAACCUUUUUGUGUUAGAUUUACAAAGCUUAUUGUUGUGUCUGCUAAUUAUUUGUAUGAUAAUGCAUUUGCACAUACUAUAUUUUUUACAACAAAGAAAAUGUAAAUUACAUUAUGUGAUCUGUGCCUAAUGUCUUCUUAGCACACUAUAUAGAUCAGUGUUGCUUAAGUCAUCAACAUUGGACAAAAAUAUACAAAAACUUCUUUUAAGAGAAAAAUACUUUUGUGUAGUUGUUAUUUAGAUAUUUCUAUUAGACCAAGCUGCAUUCUUAGUGAUGCUGAGAAUAAAAUAUACUUAAUUAUCAAAUACAGGUAAGAACUGUCAGUAUUUUCUUUUGUAAUGAUCUGUUUUCAUAUUCAGAGAUUAAAUUAACUUAUUUUUUAGUGUGCUACAUGGAAUUGUGUAGUAAAUUGUCAGGGGUUUAGAUGUAGCAAAACAGCAUUUGGGAAAUUAGUAGUGAAGCAGGUGUAAGUGCUAAAACAUCUAAAUCUUACUUUUUUUACCAUAAGUUUCCUGCCUGACAGAUAUUUUAAAAUUUAUAUCAAACUACUGAGUAUUUUUCUUCUCAGCAUUUUUUAUUUCUUUAUUUUAUGAAAUGCAUUUAGUGAAAUGUGCCUAUGACUCUUCAAAUUGGAAGCCAAACAUGUUUGCACACUGGUGGUUUGACUUCAGAGGUCUUUUAGUAAAAGAAAUGUCAUCAUUUUAUUGAGGUUGUUCUGAACCCAUGUAUAUUUUUAAACAUGUAAGGAAGGUUUAAAAUAAAGAAUAAAACAGUAUUCUACAUAUUCAAAAUCAGACUUUGCUUCAGUUUAAUAAAACACUUAGAGUAAGAGUUUACUGUUGGGGAAUCAAAAUUUGUUUCACAUUUUUGUGGUUUGGGUUGUUUACAUUAAUUCUCAUCCCAUUUGCCAUUGACAUCUUGGAUAAGUUGAAAUGUGCCUUUUGAGUUCAGACCCGUUUAAGGAAAACAAACUUCAAGGAAACAUAAUGCUGCUGACUUUUCAGGUGGCAUAAACAGAACUUUCAACAUUAUAUGUAUUAUUUGGGAAUCAGAUUUUGAUCCUUUAGUUUGGUGUGUAAGUAUAGUUAGAAAAGACUCCAUAGAUCCUCUGUACAGAAAACCUGAGGCUGUGUUUAUUGCAUUUUCCUCUUCUGGCUUUUCCUCAUGGUAGUUAAUAACGAUAAUUAUAUGCCAGGCACUGUGUGAAGUUUUACAUAUAUGAAAACAUUUAAUCCUCACUACAACCCAUGGAGAUAGGUACUGUUUUUACCCCCAUCCUAAAGAUGGGGAAACCAAAGAAAAGUGAUUUAUCCAAAGUCAGUCAUUCAAUUAAUCAGUGGUAGAGAGGUUCAUUCACACUCAGUUAACCAUUAUGCUGUGCUGCCUUUUCCCCCCAAAGCCUCCAGACCUUUGUACCUCUGUCUAUACCUUUUCCCUACAGAACUUGUUUGAGUUUUCUUUUUUUCUCACUUAAAUCUUUUGCUUCAGGUCUUUCCUUGUGAUAUCUUUUUCCUUGAUCUUAAAAAUCUCUUUUAUUAAAGUAGCAAUCUGGUAAGCCCCCACUUAACCAGUUUAGUCUUCAAUCCAACUGAAACCCUGGGGCAUGACAUUCCCUUGACAUUACUUUUGUUCAUUUUUGUUAAGUUUUCAUUGAAUAUCUUUUUCAAGUCUCUAUAAAUUUCUUAUUGAAAAAAAUGUUUUUUGAAGGAGAAGAGUGGAGAAGGAAAUCUCUGUUUUAGGCUGAAAGGAGAGCCUCUAGAAGGCAAGUUCUCGGUUUAGAUUCUUCAUUUAUUUUAAUGUUUCAUGUGCAACUCUAGGGCAAGCCACUUAACUUGCUUUUGACAUAUUUUAAUAUGUGUUUAUAUAAUAAUACUUAUUUUGAAAUUAUUCUGUCUUUUAGAUGAAUAUGUUUUAAGAAUAGAAAGCAUAACCAUUAUUCUUAUUAUAUUGUAUUCUAUGGUAAUUAUCCAAUUUGGUUAUAAAUGACAACCAAACAAUAAUGAUGUAGUCUAUUACUAAAGGUUCUGUUAUCUGUGGCAUUGUUUCUAAAGUUAUAUAGUGUUGGAAGCCUUUAUAACCUACUAGUUUGUGAAACCUGCACUGAAAUCCUGGCCCUCGUAAGCUGUUUAGCCCUAGGAAAAAUACUGAAUGUUCUACGUCUCCAGUUUUCUCAUCAGGAAGAUCCAGAGACUUGUACCUUCCUACUAGGCUGGAUUUGAGGACUAAAUGAGAUAAAGUAAUCUCUGUGUUCAGCAUGGCUCCUGACACAUAGAAAGUAUUUGGAAUGUGGUAGCUCCUGUUUUAUCAUCUUUGUGGAUGCCAGAUUUAUUGCCAUCACAACUUAAAGGUCACUAAUUGCAAUUUAAGAAAAUUGUAUUUUCUAACAAUUAGAGUUUUCUAAAACGGCGUUUUUUCCCAAAUCUGUCUAAACUCAGAUUUUGGCAUAAACUCAGAUAUUUUUAAAUAUAGAAAACUUCCAUAAUCUCUGAAAGCUCAUUUUCCAGGAAUAGUUAUUCAUGAAGACAUCAUUUGAGAUUAAAGACAUCCAGCAAGCAGAUGAUGGGAUGAGACAGGAAUGAUUCUGAGAUUAACCUACCUCCUUACUUUAUUGUAUUAAAUAUGCUUAAAUAUUUUUCUUCCAUCAGGUUGGCAAUAGAAGGAAAGCGUUGUUCAGGAAUAUCUUGCCAUUUGUCUUCACAUUUUAGUUUUCCUGAUUUACUAAAAUGGAAUUUAAGGUAUUUUGUCAUGUACAUGUUACCUCGAAGAAACAAAGAUUAAUAAAUAGAUUCGCUCUACAGGUAUCUUCUAUAAUGAAGAUUAGAAAUGAUGUUGCUGCCUUAAAUUAAAUGACUUUCCUCUGUCUCUCCCUACCCUGGAAGCUAAUCAUUAGAUGUGAAAAAGUUAUAAAUAUGCGAUAAACAGAGAAGAUUAAGAUGUGGGGAGUUUGCUUGUAUAACAUGCUGAGCGUAGCAUCAUUUGUGUCCAGGUAGUACCAUCACAAUGCACAGGAGAUUAUGUUACUGAGUUGAUGCUCUAUUCUGAUGUGUAGGUUCCAAAAGUUGCUCUUUUCCCUGAGUAAAACUUUAAGAUUAGAAGGAUAUGUAGAAAGUUGCAUAAUCAUCAACCAAAUAUAUAGACACUGAGGAAAACAAAAUGACUUGAAAAGAAAAAAAUAUAAAUCCCCUUUUCAGUGUUUCUUAUAUAUGAAAGUUUUAUCCAGGGCUAGUUUUGCUCUAUAAUUUAAAAUAUUUUAACUUUAUUUAAUAGUGUAAAUGAUUGUCUUUUAAAAUAUUAAAAGUGAUGUGAUUAGGUUUUUCUUCUUUAUUAAUCUGUUUAAAAGUUUUUUACAGUGAGUGUUUACUUAUGUUAUAAUGGGAAAAUUGUUUUGUUAAAAAGAAUGCUGACUGUUUAAAAAAUAUUUUGAUGUUUCACAAAAGUUUGGUUGAUUCUACAAGUAACAUUAUCCAAUUUUGUCUCAAUACUAUAUUCUUUUGAAGACAGUUUAUGUAGUUUCUGACUUGUGUAAUAUUUGUUAUUUCACGUAAAAUUUUUAGAGAAGUUUGAUGCCCUUCUGCUUAUGAUAUUAGAUGUCCUUGACAUAAUUUUGCUUCAACACAAUCAGUUUGAAGUGUUAUUUGCUGAAUCUGAAAGGGAUCUCAAUCACCUACCACUUUUCUACUGCACCAUUUUUUUAAUGCACCGUUGAUGGCACCUUUUAGCGUUUUUCACAUCUUUAAAUAACAGAAGGAUGACCUUGCAUUAAGGAAAUAGGGUCCCGCUGGUGUGUUAACUGCAUUUCACAGAUAGGCAAGAUUCUGCUUUCAGUCCCCCAUCCCCAAAGAUCAUAUCUAUAACUUUUUAAUGGUAACUUUUAUUCUAUUUUUUUAUGAUUCCCUAUGAAGGUGAAGAAAAUCAGAGUAAUAAAUUCAGCAGGAGUCUGUUAUGUCUGAUAGCAGAAAGGCAUAUGUGAUAUCAGUAUCUUCACUAUAGUAAAUGGGACCACCAGAUUAGUUUUGGAGAUUGUAAAGUUUUAAAAUAUGUUGGUGAUAAAUAUCAAGAAACAUAGUACAUAAUGGUAGAAUUUAUUGAAUGGAAAUAUUUGCUUAAAUUCUGAAACUUCCCCAAAUGCUCCUUUAUGCAAGAGAAAUCACAUUUAUUUUUGACUUUAGAAAUUUGACUCAAAUUUUACUGUUUUCUACUUAAUUUUAUGUUUUCUACUUAAGCAAGUAUAAAUGAUGUUGAUGCUGGUAAAAAGUGCCCAGAUAUACUUUAUAAAUUCAAAGUGGUGGCAUUAUUUUAGGUGGAAGGCCCACAUACAACCAAUCAAGUACAAAGUUAUAUAGGCUGUUCUUUAAAAUUUAAAAUGUAUCUUUGAAUGCAGUGCAGACUGUAGCAAGAGAUGACCAGUGCAUUUGUCUGAGGUUAUGCCUGACACAAGCAAGUGUUCGUGUAUUUACCCUGUGUAAAAUACAGUUUUAAAACAUUUACUUAUAUUUCUAAUAGAGUUUGAAGUUUAAAAUAGGUAUUAGAUUAUACAUUUUAUAAUAAUAAAUAGCCUCUUCACAGUUAUUAUUCCAUUUACUCUUCCAGGAGUUUUAUAAUUAAAAAUAGUAAAUUGGUAAAAUUGAUAUUAUAAAUGAUAGAUUUUGCUAAGGUUAAAAUAUAAUUUGUGAAGAAGCAGGUUAAAAAAAUCCUGAAAAUCCUUGUUUUAAUAUUUUAACAAAUUAAAUUAUAUUUGGA